UUUCUUUUUGACAAGUUAAAUUUUGAAAUAUUAAAAGGUUUAUGCGGUCGGUAUGUAAAUGAAUAGUCAUUUUUGCGUAAACCAUUAUUCAAUUUUAAAUUUUUAGCGCUUGCUAUUCGACUCGAGUACUUCAUUCAUUGAUAUGCAAAAAUUUGCGCGGGGAACGAUUUUUAUCCGCAGUCACUUAACUUUAUUUCAACUAAACUAUCAAAGUUUCAAUUCCUUACUCCAACAGACAAAGUUACAUUUAGUUGCCUAUUCACAACAAAAGCAUCCUGAAAAAUUUACAAAAAUGUCUUCAUCAGGCGUAACUUUGGAUGCCAUACCAAAAGUGGACAUUGAUAAGUCGGGUGUAUUUAAAUAUAUUUUAAUUAAUGUUACGGAUAAAAAUAAGCAAGAAGAAAGUCCGGUGACAAUUGUUAGAGGUUAUGCCCACUGCAACUAUCACUCUGAUAUAUUAGAUGAGGUUGAGGGAAAGCUUCACCCGCUUCAAUGUGAAGUGUUAGGAGGUGGCCGCAUUUCUCAUGAUGCUGACUUUAAAAGGUUUAAAAUAUAUGGUUAUUCCCAAGGCUUUGGGAAGGCAGAUCAUGAGGUCACUGCUAAUAUUAUAAAAGAUGCAUAUCCUAAAUACACCAUCACAAUAAGUGAUGAAGGCUAUUAAGGAAAUAACUGCUACAAACCAGUAAUAUGAGACUGUUUCCAUUUAAAUCUUUGAUAUGUGUAGCAUGCUUGAGGUCAAAUAAUAAAAUGCCAAUUUUGUAUGAGUAAAUUUAUUUC